AUGGGAUGCGGAUCUGGCUCAAUUACUACUAAACUUCCAGAAAGAAAUAAGGAGCAAACCGAAUUCACUUAUACAGUAAAAAUUAUGUCCCCACAAGGCGAUAAAGGCUGACAAUUUGACUAUAAAUCUGAUUAUACAGAAAUCCCUCUCCCUACUCUUAUGAAUUAUUUAUCAUAUAACGACCAUCCUUCAUCCUCACUAAGUGCAAAUUUUAUAUCAAAAUACAAUCAGGAAAAUGACAGGUUUGAGUAUUACGUACAGCAAUUAAUGGGUUUCGAGAUAGAAAAUGCUGAUGAACCAAAAAAAGGCAAACUUUGAGUUGUAUAUAUUAAUGAGAGUAAAUGUGAUUGGGACAAUAUUUGCGAGAAAGAGGUUGCUGUAAAGCAUAGUGAUGAAGUAGUAUGAUAUUUACAAAAAUAUAAUGAAAUUAAGAAGCAGAAACAAAGCUAA